UAUAUAAAAUAUACACGCGUGUGUGUAUUAUAUAGAUGCACCUUUGGCUAAAGCACACACCAAUGUAGCACAUGAUAGUAUCAAGCUGUCUCAAUUACCACCACCACCACCACCACCACCACUAUAGUCUUCGUCGUCACCGCCCUCCUUUCUUUUUCUUUCACUGAUUCACAGAUCAGUUUUUGACAGUGACGGUUGGACUGUGUUAGUAACCACCCGAGGUAAUUCCAGUGAAUACCUCGCGGUGUGCCUUGUAUGUUUAUAUAUAUACAUACAUACAUAUAUAUAUAUACACACAAGCAAGCAUUCCCUUUAACAUCGAAACGGGAGGACGUUUUUAACUAACAGGUGGUGGCGGUUGUUGUUGUGAUUUCACUCUUUCUAGGAACUGUGAGUGAAACACAACAGGUUCCAGUAUGGGGUCUCUAUUUGGAAAAUGUUGUGAACGACCCACAGACACAGGAAAGACAAUCGAUUUAACAGACUCAUUGGCUAUGUCCAAUCCUGAUCAAACGGAAAGAGGGCUCCCACCUGUUCCACUGAAUGGAAUUUGUGAUAUUUUAAUUGUUCGAGCAUUGUAUGACUUUGAUGCCAUUACCGACGAAGACCUUUCGUUCAAGAAAGGGGAUCGCAUGAAAGUUGAAGAUGAUUUGCAGAGCAAUGAUUGGUGGGUCGCUUACCAUUUAGUGAAGAAAAUCAGUGGUUACAUUCCCAGUAACUACGUCACUAAAGAUGAUAAUUCCAUUCAGGCACAGGACUGGUGGCAUGAUUUGGAACGCAAAGAUGCAGAAAUACAACUUCUACUUCCUGGUAAUAUAACCGGUACAUACUUGGUACGACUCGCAAGUGAUAGGAAAUCCUAUGUAUUAUCUGUCCGAGAUUAUGAUGAAAAAUUACACCUGCCUAUGGUAAAACAUUACCGGCUUCGAACCAUUGACAAUGGUGGAUACUACAUAACACCAAAACAUCUUUUUUCUGAUUUGUUUGAGUUACUAGAUCACUACCGCUGUAAUAGCGAGGGUCUGUGUCAGCGUCUAAUAAGAGUUUGUCCAAAAGAGCGUCCAGUUGUGCAUUUUCGAGAACUGGAGAUCAACCGUGAAGCUGUGGUUCUGAUAAAGAAACUGGAUAGCGGAUGUUUUGGUGAUGUCUAUUUAGGCAAAUGGAACAACUCGGUGAAUGUGGCAAUAAAAACCCUGAAGGCAGGAACGAUGUCAUGUGACGAUUUUGUCGAGGAAGCCCGCACCAUGCACAUGCUACGACACCGAAGGCUGGUGCAGCUGCUUGCAGUUUGCACAAGGGAGGAACCAAUUUACAUCAUCACAGAACUGAUGGAUAAGGGGUCACUGCUCAAUUACCUACGGGAUAAUAAGUCAUCGACAGACAGACUUAAAGUACAGGAUCUCAUUGAGAUAGCAGCACAGGUGUCAGAUGGAAUGAAAUACCUUGAAAACUGUAAAUAUGUCCAUCGAGAUUUGAGAGCGGCAAACAUCUUGGUGGCAGCAAACAAAACUGUUAAAGUAGCUGACUUUGGUUUGGCUCGACUUAUCAAGGAUGAAGUGUACGAGGGACAAGGACGUGUCCGUUUUCCUGUAAAGUGGACAGCACCUGAAGCUGCCUUUCAGCACCGGUUCUCUACAAAAUCUGAUGUGUGGUCCUAUGGAGUUUUACUUUAUGAAAUUAUUACAUUUGGCCGUGUCCCUUAUCCUGAAUAUCCUGGGAGAACAGUAUUGUUAAAUAUCGAGAAAGGAUAUCGAAUGCCAAAACCAACGGAGCCUGUGGGCUGUCCUGAUGCUUACUAUGAAGUCAUGUUACAGUGCUGGAACAAGAAGCCAGAAAUGCGACCAACUUUUGAAUAUCUUUUCUCUUAUUUCAAUGACUUCUUGGUCGCUUCAGAGCAUAGCUAUUUAGAGUGAAAAUUGUAAAAAAAAAAAAAAAAAGAAGGUAAACCACAACAAAAAGCCACCCGAAAAUAAAAUGUAAAAAGACAGAAAAGCA